CCAAGAAGGGUAUCCUGUUUAUAGGAGAAGAGACAACAAACACACUAUUGAAAAAAAUGGACUCAUCUUUCACAGUGGUCAUGUUGUUCCUCACAAUCCAAGUUUGUUGUUGAAGUACGAAGCACACAUUAACAUGGAAUGGUGCAGCCAAAGUACUUCUAUCAAAUACCUUUUCAAAUAUAUAAACAAAGGUUCCGAUAGAAUUUCUGCAAUCAUACAAGGUCAUGAUAGAAACAACAUCGACGAGAUCAAGCAAUAUUUGGAUUGUCGAUACAUCUCCCCAAGUGAAGCAUGUUGGAGGAUAUUUUCCUAUUCUAUACAUGGCAGAAAGCCAGCCGUAGAGAGAUUGUAUUUUCACAUGGAAGGUGAAAACUCUGUGUACUACAAAGACUACGAGCAGGUUGGUGAUGUGUUGCUCAAACCAAGUGUAACAGAGUCGAUGUUUACAGCAUGGUUCGAAGCAAACAAAACUUAUGAAGAAGCAAGGUUACUAACUUAUGGAGACUUUGUUUCUAAAUUUGUCUAUCACAAACGAAGUCGAAGUUGGAAACCAAGGAAACGAGGGUAUACCAUUGGUCGACUCAUUUGGGUUCCUCAAAGCACUGGCGAGUUGUUUUAUUUAAGGAUGAUGCUCACAGUCAAAAAGGGUCCUUUAUGCUACCAAGACAUCAAGACGGUUGACGGUAAAAAGCUAAAAACAUUUCGAGAUGCCUGCUUUGCAAUGGGAUUUUUACAAGAUGAUCGUGAAUUUAUCGAGGCCAUUAAAGAGGCGCAUCAAUGGGGUUCAGGUCAUUUUUUGCGCAAGCUGUAUGUUACCAUGUUACUGUCUUCUUCAAUGAAUAGACCCGAACAUGUUUGGAGAAAGACUUGGAUGUAUCUAUCGGAUGGUAUUCUUUAUGAUCAACGAGUCUUUGCAAGAGAUCAAGGUAUUUAA